AUGGCUUCAAGAUCAGAUACAGAGCUCUUGACUGAGCACUUUGGCUACCCACCAGUUAGCCUCCUCGACGAGAUAAUCAACUCAAUUAACUUCCUCGCCGAACGCGCCCUGCACUCGAUUGAGCAGGGGCUAUUGAAUGCCCCACCUGUGUCUCUCGGUUUCCGCCCAUCGUCAAAGCACGCCCCCCGCCAACAUCACCAACAGCAAAAUGCCGGAGCUGGCGGGAUCGAGGACGAAGAGGAGACCUACCGGCGGCGACACCGCGAGGAGAUUGAGACGGGGACGCACCAGCUCGAAACCCUCCUCUGGGCGAGCAUUGACAAGAACUUUGACCGCUUCGAGAUCUACGUCAUGCGCAACAUCCUCUGCCUGCGCCCGGGCGAGAUGGAGUGGCUGCGGUUGGGGCACUACGACGGGCUCGUCUUUCCAGCUGCAAACAGGAUACCAAAUUCCGGAGGCCAACAACAAGACGGAGGAACAGCCGCGGCCGGCGGCGACGGACAGGAGGAAGAGGGAGUGGAGGAGGAUGACCGGCUUAGCGCGGAGGGCAUUAACCACCUGCGCCGCCGGCUGCAAGCGAGCCAACGCCUGCACAGCAUGCUGGUCGCCGAGCGGGCGCGCAACGCAGCGCUAUUGGGCGAGAUGCGGCGGCUGGUGGGCGGCCGGGUGGCAGGAACUGUCAAGACCGAGCCUGUCACCACUACUACUACGGCUGAACAACAAAGAAACCAACAUCAACAACCACAGCAGCAAGAAGACCCCCAGCAACAAGAACAAAAACAAAUUCAACAAAAACCCCCCUUCCAAUUCCUGCACUCCAAAGGCCACCUCACAGACGGCGACGCGACAACCCCACUCACCACAACAACUGCCUUCUCCUUAUCCCAACUCCAGGCCCUUCGAGAUUUGUCCAGGGCGUUGCGCAAUGCCAUGCCCAGCUUGGCCUCCUUGCCCGGGGAAGACGACGAAGAUGUCGCGAAGCAGGAGGAGGAUGAGGUGGACGGGAAGGGGAAGAAGAAGAGCUGGCGGAGGGAGCGGCUGGAGUAUGUCGAGACGGCGACCAAGAGGCACCUCGAGAACGUGCGCGGGCUGGAGCUGGGGCAGAAUGGGGAAGUCAGGGACGGGGAAUGGGAUGGUGGGGGCAGGAGGUUGGCGAAGGGGGAAGUGGAGAGUUUGGAGAGGGUUGUUGGCUUGCUUGGAAGGGUUGAAGAGGAGGGGGAGAGGAUGGACGAGUCGUGA